GAAUAAUGCGAGUCGUGCUUCCGAAAUAUCGAACUUCUCUUUCGCCAUCUCGCGACGAAGUCGAACAGUUCUGUUAUUUUUCCGCAGCGCCGCCGCUAUCGAUCAAUCGCGAACUCGUUAAUAUAAUUCGCACUGAGACGUUUUCUCGUUAUUUCUGACGGCAACAUUUCUUACCUUUUUUUCUUCAAGUUUUUUACGUUUCUUUUUUUUCGUACUGUACAUCUAGAAAAAUGGUGAGAAAACAUCGUUAAUUAAUUAAUUUUCUAUACAGACGCUUUUUCUUCGACAUCCUUCAUACGCAGUCUCACACGUUUGUACAAGUUCGCGCGCUGAGCCGACGGGGUUCGAUCAAGGGACACGGACUGCUGGCGGGGUAGUCUCGAAAAAUCAGGGUUGCCCGGUGGCCGGCGAUUGCGCUGUAAACCCCCAGAAAGAAGAGAGAAGAGGCGAGUGGCGAGUGGACGAGAGAGAAGGCGUGAGAGAGAUAGAGAGAACGAGACGUUUUCUUAAUGGUGGAAUCUUCGAAAGUUUGGAGGUUAUAAAGCGGAUAUAUCCGUAAUGAUGUGUAGUAACCCGUGAAAAAUAGCCUAGGCAACGAAAUACGUGUUCGAACAAGCAUUUACGGAAAAGUGGGAUUUAUCGACGUGACGAUUAUUCGCAUUUUCUCUCUCUCUCUCUCUCUCUUUUUUGUAUUUCCGUAAUACUACAAAAGGGACGUUGCGCUCAUACUGCUAAUUCUUUCUGAAGAAAGAGCGCUUGGAGAGGAGAGAGAGAGAGAGAGAGAGAGAGAGAGAGAGAGAGAAGGAGAGAGUGUAUGAGUGAGGAAACGGAAAAAAAAGUGUUCUGAGACGAGAAUCGUAUUAUGGGAUAUUGAGACUAUUGAAAACCAAAAAGGAAAUCGCGUGUGCGUGUUUUUAACGUCGAUAAUGUCGGCUGCAAGUAGACUCAGGGUAAUGCGGGAUAGUAGGAUGGCCGAUUUGGCCGUUUGACGAAUAUUUCAAGAUUUUUUCGUGACGGUGGGCGGUGGUUUUUUAUUUUUUAAAAAAGGGCGUAACAUGGUCAAGGAAAAGCCGAAUUCGACUCGUAUCUACGACUCCGAGGGUUACAGGCGACGUGCCGCUUGUAUAUGCGUGAAAAACGACCUCGAGGAUGAGGUUCUUUUGGUCACAUCCAGCAGAAGACCCGACAGUUGGAUCGUGCCAGGCGGCGGCGUUGAACCCGAAGAAGAACCAGCUGUGACCGCUCUCAGAGAAGUCAGAGAAGAGGCAGGAGUUCUUGGGAAUUUGGGACGUUGCCUUGGGGUGUUUGAGCAGAAUGUUGAACACAAACAUAGAACACAAGUGUGGGUGAUGUGCGUAACGGAGGAAAUGCCAGAAUGGGAAGAUUCAAGAGCAAUUGGACGCAAAAGGAAAUGGUUUUCGAUAGCAGAGGCUUUGGUACAACUUGCACAACAUAAACCUGUCCAGCGUUCAUACAUACACAGCUUGCGCAACACGAAUCCAAGAUGCAACAGUCCAAACAGCCCGACAUCUCUUCACUCGCCUCACGGUUCACCGGGGUCGAUACAAGUGAUGAACAACUCUGGUAGUAAUCCUCAUCCGAACAAAAAUAGCUAAUGUCCAGCUAAUGAGAAUGGCAAUAAGAGUUUUGGGUUUUCUUUUUGUUCUUCACAAGCAUAUUUUUCAAUCACGGCUCUAUUCGUCAGCCCUAAAAUAAGUUUCCUUCGUCCGCUGUUUGUGUCUUUUCCUUCGAUUUUCAUUUUAUCUUUUAUUUCCUUUUUCGUUUCUCAACGAUCUCGCGCAGGAGUCGUGGAGAUCGCGAUAAUCACUACCACCGUAUUUUAUACAUCAAACUAUAUAUAUAUAUAUAUAUGUGUGUAUAUAUAUAUAUAUAUAUAUAUAUAUAUAUACUAAUUAAUUACGACCCCCGUCACGACCCUCUAUUUACUUAUUAUUCGUAUUAUAACUUAUAUAACUAUGGAACGCUAAUGAAAGAAAUGAUUAUGAGAAUGCAAACGAAACAAUAAAAUAAGCAACCGGAAGUGAGAGCGAUUGAGAAAAAUCUGGUAUGUUGAGUCGAGUCUAAUGAGUUCUAGCUCGAAAAUGAUUCGUGAAAUGAUUGUCUGACUAAUAAAGAAAAAUUUAUAUACA